CGGAAGUCGGGGGGCGUGCCCUCUAGACAUGCUACUGCGCAGGGCCAAGGUGCCAUUGGGUGCUGGCUGCGUGGGUUGCGGCGCUGAUUUCUGCCUGCCUCUUGAGCUGAGCGGCGCGUUUCAUGGGUGGGUGCUGCUGAGAGACGGACGUAGAGACGCCCCAUCCCGGGGCUCGUCGGAUGGAAGCGCAGGGUGGCCUGGAAGGACUCCGGUCCGGAGUAUUGUCCCGCCGCGCAGGGCGGGCUCCACGCGUUUUUGGCUGGGCGCUCCCCACAGCUGUGCUCUGUGGCUACGGCUUCUUCGCCAAUUUACGGCCGUCGGAGCCUUUCCUUACGCCCUAUUUGUUGGGAUCGGACAAGAACCUCACCGAGACCCAGGUCUUCAAUGAAAUUUACCCAGUAUGGACUUACUCUUAUUUGGUGCUGCUGUUCCCUGUCUUCCUGGCAACAGACUAUCUUCGAUACAAGCCUGUAAUCCUUCUACAAGGACUAAGCCUUAUAAUGACAUGGUUUAUGCUGCUUUAUGCGGAAGGACUGCUGGCUAUUCAGUUCCUGGAAUUCUUCUACGGACUGGUGACUGCCACGGAAAUUGCCUAUUAUUCCUAUAUCUAUAGCGUCGUGGACCUAACCUUGUACCAAAAAGUCACAAGCUACUGUCGAAGUGCUGCCCUUGUGGGUUAUACCGUGGGCUCUGUUUCUGGACAAAUCCUGGUGUCUGUUGCUCACUGGUCUCUGUUCAGUUUGAAUGUGAUCUCGCUCAUCUCUGUAUCUGUUGCCUUUGCCAUGGCCUGGUUUCUGCCCAUGCCACAGAAAAGUCUUUUCUUUCAUCAUCCCCCAAACACCCAGGUCAGUAAGGAAAUGAAGGUUGUAGAGUGUAAAAAUGGAACAGUCGCCCGAGAUGAUCCUGCCUUAAAGAGGGUUCCUGGGUGGGAAGAUGUUGAAUUGAAGGUUCCUUUAAAUCUAGAAGAGCAUCCUGCAGAGCAGCAGGAGGAGAAGGUGGAUAUUUUGAAAGUAAUCAAAGAGCUCUGGCAGGACUUCCUGCAGUGUUACUCGUCCCGGCCUCUGCUGUGUUGGUCUGUGUGGUGGGCAUUGUCAACAUGUGGUUACUUCCAAAUCAUAAACUACGCUCAAGGCCUGUGGGAAAUGGUGCUACCUUCUCAGAGCUCUGAGAUCUAUAAUGGUGGUGUGGAGGCUGCUUCCACACUAUUAGGAGCUGUGGCUGUAUUUGUUGCAGGCCACAUAAAGACAUCUUGGGCUACUUGGGGUGAGAUAGCCUUAGCCAUGUUCUCCCUCUUCAUUGCUGCGGCUGUGUAUAUUAUGGAUACUGUUCGUAACAUCUGGGUGUGCUACGCUUCCUACAUAGCAUUCCGGAUUGUAUAUAUGCUGCUUAUCACAAUUGCAACGUUCCAAAUCGCAAAAAAUUUAAGUGUUGAGCGCUAUGCACUUGUUUUUGGUGUCAAUACUUUCGUUGCCCUGGCCUUGCAGACGAUGCUCACAUUGAUUGUUGUUGAUGCAAAGGGGCUUGGGCUGGACAUAUUCACACAGUUCAUGAUCUAUGCUGCUUACUUUGCUGCCAUAUCGGUAAUGUUCUUGAUCAGUGGGAUAUGCAGUAUUAUCAAGAAUUACUGGAGGAAGGAAAGGAGGAGAAAUGAAUCUACAGCCAACAGUGCUUAAAAUGCCUAAUAUAGACUUGUUCAGCACUUGUGUCAGGGAUCUAUUUAAAUAUGCUGGUUCCUAUUUAUUAAUAUAUUCAAAUGCUGUUAUUUCAAGACUGUUAUCUAAAUUGUCCUUGAUCUAUAUUUGUACUAUAUUAGUAGUAUAAAUUAGAAACUGAAUGUGUUUAACUAUAUCUUACAUAAGUAAGAACUUUAUAUGUAAUAUACUGGUCUCAGAUAAUGCCUUUCUAGUGAAAACUACAUAUCUAGAGAAAGUCAGAAGCAUGCUUAAGGCUUGCCAAUUGCGUCCUGUAACAGAGAAGCCCAUAAAGCAGCCAUUGAAGUGAAGGUAAUUGUUGAAACUUGCCGAGUCCAUCCUGUCACAGUGCUCUUGGUGAGCCAGGUCGAAAUGUGAGGAAGUAGUCAAGAAGUGGAAACAAUGGCAGCCUUCAAGUCAAGUUGGACAUAGAAGCAGAAGAAUACUACCCAGGCUGGUAGAUGCAAACUCAUGAAUAUUAAAUAGACUCCUCAUACAUACGCACAAACAUUUUUCACAAUGUAGUAGGUCCUGUCUUGUCUGCAUUUUGUAUUUAUAAAGGCUUAAAUUUCUUUGAUUACCCUUACCCAACUAGUUUAAGUAGAUUAAUUAACCUGCUGACUACAUGUCCAUCUCUGUUCAUAAAUCAUAUGGAGCAACCUACCUAGGUUCAGAUGUGGCUUGUUCUUAAAAUCUUAGUUAUCCCUUGUAGGCUUUGUUGAACUCCUCCACAAACUUUCUUAACAUCUAGGAAAAUGAACUGACAUGAUGACAGCAUUGUUUUCCAUAGCCCAUUCAAAUAAUACAAUCUCCCUUGAUUGCCAUUUCUGCCUAUUGCUAAGUUGUAUUCCAACUGUGGCAAAAAUGCAUUUGACAACCCUGGCAUCUGAUUUGACAUCUUGUUGAUUGUUUCCUUUGAUUUUUCACUAGUAAUUGGGUUGUCUGAUGUCUCUUAAAAGCGUUGUUUCUUAGUGUGAACUACUUGGGGCUUUUCAGCCUUUUAAAGCUUUUUUUAAAAUGAGGGAAAUAAUAGGACAGUUUUUCAUAAUAAGAAAAGUUCUGAAGAAUUACAAUAUCAGAUUCUGUCUUUUCCUCCAUUGUAGGGUGGAUGUUGUGUGGGUUACACUGAGAGGCUUUUGCAUGGCUUGUGUUUGUAAAUGUCUUGGGGAGCAGGGAUGCUGCUAAGUUACAUGUUUCAUUUCUCAUCCUUUCCAUGUGCAGUUAUUUUGGCCAUAGUUAUUUCCUGUCUUUUGCAAAAGUGAGGGUUGAACAAAUCCAUAACAAGAAGGACUUGCCUGAGGGUUGCAGUGAUAUUUCCUGGCUAGUUGCUAAGGAUAUUAGACCAUAUAAUGGGACUGUUGUCAGUGCUACACACUUCAACAUGACAAGCACUUUUAUGUAGCUGAAAGCCACAUAUAGGUUAUCACAUGUGGUGACUGCACAUUGCAUCCAGCUGGGUAUACACACUUUGCUUCCUGGUGCAUGUAAAUCUAGCAAAUUCCAUGUAACUUUCAAGGUGGAUGUGCUUUCCAAGUAGGAAAAGCAUAGUGUAUGACCUAAGAGCCCCAUGUGAAGUAGGCAUGUGGUACUUGUUUAUCUAGUGCUGUCUCUGAUGCAUUAAAAUUAAAUGAAGGAAAUGGGAAGAAUGGAAGGAUGUUCAAAAUAAGUAUAGGUGUUUUUAUCUGUGAUUACAAAGUUCCAUUUUAUUCCUGGAUUUACAAUACUGAGCUUGGUGAUCACAUAUGAAAUUUAGAUUUGAUAUAAUACCUAAAGCAUGCCACUGCCCCCAAGUACAGUGAGUUGAAACCUGGAUUUUAAUUUUAAACAUGGUCCCCUUUGGAGGCAACUGAAUGAAAAUUCAGAAAGAAGAAAUAGCUAUUCUUAGAUAAAUUUGGACAAAUUUCUUCACAUCUUAAGAUUUUUAUAGUUACUUUUGUGGUGAAAUCCAUAUUGCAAAUCUAACAUCUAAACUGAUCCAACAGACAUUAGGUUUCUAGGUACCAGGUGACGGGAGCCUAAUAAGUCACAAGACCAUCCAUCCAGAUACCAUAAGGUAAUUUUUACCAUUUGCUCAAGCUGAGGAGGAAACAGCUGUGUGAAUCUAUCUUGAUGUAUUCUCUAAACAAAAACUUGAAAACAUUGUUAACAGGAAAGUGACAACUUACCUAUAUCAGAAACGUAGAAAGGAGGAUUGGGUAACGAAAAGAGGAAGCUGAACUAACAAUCAAGUAGCAGAUAAUAUUUUCUUACCUCUUGAUCCAGAUGUGACAUUAAUUUCAUAGAUGUAGUUAACAUGCAUUUUAAAAUAUAAAAAGCUAUUGAGGUGAAACCGGAGCAGCCUUGGGACUGUGAAGUUGAACUCUUGUUCCAAAUGAUAGGUUCCCAACAAAAAAUAACUUUUAAUACCAUUUCAGGGGAAGCCUUUGUUGGUGUCAAUAGGAGCUUCCCUUGAUAUGCAAAUAGCGUUUUUUGCAGAGGUUAUUUUUGUUGGGACCUCUGCAGGGAGAGAGUUAAACUCCAUCUCCCUGCUUCCAGAGUCCCAAGGCUUCUCAGGCUUUCCCUCAGCUGCUAUUUACAUUGCAAGUAUGAAUGUUAAAGUAAAAUUGCACAUCUAUGUCUAGAUUGGCCCUCUGUGUUCUGAGGGAACUGAAAUAACUAGAAAACCUCAUAUGUAGGCCAAUCCUGUUAAUAGAAGGUAGAUUACCAAGAUGUCUUCCUUGCCUAAGAAUUGUCUUGUAGUAGUUUGUAUAGGUUGAUUGUGCUACACCAAUCCAGUCUGGUGAAUGUAAGCCUGGUAACGAUUCCAGGUUCUGUUGUGACAUAGGAAAACUUUAUUAUGUCCAAGUUGUAAAGCUAUUUUUUUAAUCAAAUAAAAUUAUUUUAUGAUAUUCUUAUAA